GUGGAUGAUACGAUAAUUGGAAACUACGGCCGAUGGUCGUAAUAGAGAGACAAGUUUUCAAAUAAGAUCUGUCUCUCCUUAUAUCCUAAAAUGAUUACUUGUGGUUUGGCUCGCGUUUUUAUUUUCUUAUUUUUCGCAUUUGUCGACGUGGCUGAUGCCGAAACCUGUGAUUUAAAUGGUCGUCCACUUUAACCAAAUUUUGAUAUGCGACGGUUUCUAGGUAACUGGUUUGAAGCAGAAAGGACCGAACUACAAUGGGGACACAACACAUGGCAAUCUGCCGUGGGGAACAUAUUUGAGGCAACCAAUGGAACCAACUAUUUUUCAUACACAGGACAUUCUCAGAGUAAAGGGUGUUCUGCGCCAGAGACUGGGUUCUUUACUGAAUCGUCACUGAUCGGCCGAGUUACAUUGACGUCAGAAGCUGGCGUAUACGAACUUACCUUCCAAGUAGCGAACACAGACUACCGACAUGUUGCUCUUGUUUAUAUGUGUUAUGAGCCAAUGAAGAUUGGCACAUGUGGCAAGGGCAAGAUGCACCUCUCCUUGUUGACACGUCAUUCACCUCUGACGUCACACCAGAGGGCAACCCUAAUGAGUCACCUUGGCAACACGUGCAUUCUAGAAGCGGACAUCAUAAAAGCUACAACAGUGGUCGGACGAUAAUGGUGUGGAAUCUAAAUCGUUGGAAUACAAAUAUGUUGCUUUGCUGUUUCGUAAAUUCUUUGAGUGGUCGGACAAUAAUGGUGUGGAAUCUAAAAUCUUUGGAAAAAAAUACGUUGCUUUGCUGUUUCGUUAAUUGUUCUGUAAACAGAAAAUUAAUUCGUU